AUGGUAGCCAUUGAACUUGCCGAAAGAGCAUCUUGGUAUUUGGGUCGCUUUGCCGCUCUUGCUUUUGGAGCAUUAGUGAUUGCAGGUUGUGCUUCUACAGGAAUCGAGAAUUGCAUCGCAAUCGGAGUGGCAGGAGUGAUUGCAGGAGCUGCGGGAGGAUACAAACCCGGUAGUAUGCGAGGCGAAAAUGAUCAAAUUUUACCCACUAAACGUGAUUUUAUUAAUCAUGUCAAGUUGAGUAAUGUUGAUCAAUCCACAUGGCCAAAAGUACAAACAUCUGCAGGCUAUCAUUACGCAUAUGCAGUCCAACUCAAUAAUCAGACUGAACCAUUCCAAUUGCCCACAAAGACGAACGAAGUCAAAGAAGCUUUGGCAUUCAAUGGUAAAACGGUUAAAUACACAAAGCUCGAACAUGGUUAUCAUGCAGAAACAUCUUUGGGUGAAUCUCCCAAUUCGCAUAUGAGUAAAAGAGACAGCUAUAACUCUAUCGGCUAUUAUUUCGGAGAAGAUGAUCCAAAUGACGGAAAUCCAAGUAGUGAUACAAUCAAGGCUUUAUCCAACGAUGCAGCAACCGAUUUUGUAAAUAAAGGCGCAAUUCAAGCUUGCGUUACAUUCAGCGGUCCUUCAACUGCACCAUACACUGCUGGGACCAUGACUCUUCAACAUGCAGGAGAUCCACCAGCCAGAAACAGUCAAUGUGGCACAUAA